AUGGACCUUGCCACGUCUGCCCAGCCCGGUGGGCUGGCCCUCCUCUGCUUUCUGCUGGGACUGCAGGGGUCUCUGGCUGCAGUCUUCAUCACCCAGGAGGAAGCCCAAAGCGUGCUGCACAGGCAAAGGCGUGCCAACUCGUUCCUGGAGGAGCUGAGGCCGGGCUCGCUGGAGAGAGAGUGCAGGGAGGAGCAGUGUUCCUAUGAGGAGGCCAGGGAGAUCUUCAGGAACACAGAGAGGCUGACGCAGUUCUGGAUUUCUUACAACGAUGGGGACCAAUGUGCCUCAAAUCCAUGCCAGAAUGGAGGCUCCUGUGAGGACCAACUCCAGUCCUACAUCUGCUUCUGCCCUGAAGACUUUGAGGGCCGGAACUGUGAGACAAACAAGAACAGCCUGCUGAUCUGUGAGAAUGAGAAUGGGGGCUGUGACCAGUACUGCAGCAACCACGUGGAGGCCAAGCGCUCCUGCCGUUGCCACGAGGGGUACACACUCCAGAGUGACGAGGUGUCCUGCGCACCCACAGUUGAAUAUCCAUGUGGAAAGAUACCUGUCCUGGAAAAAAGAAACGACAGCCAACCCCAAGGCCGAAUUGUGGGUGGCAAGGUGUGUCCCAAAGGGGAGUGUCCCUGGCAGGCUGCGCUGAUACUGGACGGGCAGCUGCUGUGCGGGGGCACCCUGAUUGACACCACCUGGGUGGUCUCCGCAGCCCACUGUUUCGACAGAGUCAAGAGCCUGAAGAACCUGACGGCGGUAGUGGGUGAGCACGACCUGAGUGAGAAGGACGGCACUGAGCAGGAAAGGCAAGUCGUUCAGAUCAUCAUCCCCGACAAGUACAUCAAACACAAGACGAACCACGACAUCGCCCUGCUCCGCCUGAGCAGGCCUGUGGCCUUCACGGACUACGCGGUGCCCCUCUGCCUGCCUGAGAAGGCCUUCUCCGAGAGGACGCUGGCCUUCAUCCGCUUCUCCACCGUCAGCGGCUGGGGCCAGCUCCUGGACAGGGGCGCCAUGGCCCUGGAGCUCAUGACCAUCGACGUGCCCCGGCUGAUGACCCAGGACUGCCUGGAGCAGUCAAAGAAGAAGGCGGCCGCCCCAAAGCUCACGGAGAACAUGUUCUGUGCUGGCUACCUAGAUGGGAGCAAGGACGCUUGCCAGGGGGACAGCGGGGGCCCCCACGCCACCAAGUUCCAGGGCACGUGGUAUCUGACGGGCGUCGUCAGCUGGGGUGUGGGCUGUGCAGCCGAAGGCCACUUCGGGGUGUACACCAGGGUCUCCCAGUACACCGAGUGGCUCCACAGGCUCAUGAGCACAAAAACACACUCAGAAGGCUUCCUCCGAGCCCCACUCCCCUAGUCCCUCAGGGUCGGCUCCGAGGAGCCUGCUCCUGGGAAAUAAAGCUGCUGUUGCUUGGGUUGUCCUGGCUUCAAA